AUGUUGCGUGCUGCCCUGAGACGGUCACUCGCUAUUCGGUGGGUUUGGGCGUGUACAGGCUGUGUCGCUCGCUCAGCAGCGGAGGAUGGAGGAUGGAGGAUGGAGGAUGGAGAGCUACCCUGGCCUCCUGUCAGCCGGGACUGGAAAAGCAAGCAGACGAGCAAAACCUUCGACUUCGUGAUCGUGGGAGGCGGCACAGCCGGCAGCGUCCUCGCCCACCGCCUCUCCCACUCCCUCCCCCACCUCUCCCUCCUCCUCCUCCUCGAAGCCGGCCUGGACCAGCGCUCCGACGACCUCAUCUCCCACCCCCGGCUUGAGCGCCAAACUACUCGGCAACCCCAUCCUACGACUGGAAUUUCUCUCCACCGUCCCUCGGCCAGAACUGGAAGGGGGAAGGGGAAUGGGUUGCCGGUUGUGGAUCCACCUCAUGCGAAUGGUGGGAAUCAUGGGCCGAUUCAAGCGAGCUUGCCGCAGGGCGGGAAUGUACUGGGUCCGGCGUGGUUGGAAGCGUGUAGGAGUUUAGGGUUGGAGAUUUUGAAGGAUCCGUUGGAGGGGGAGGUGGUGGGUGGGUAUAUUUCUACGUGUCAUGUUACGGGGACGACGAGGGAGAGGAGUCAUGCUGGGGUGGCGUACUUGGGCGAGGAGACGUUGGGACGGGUGAACUUGAAGGUUGUGACGGGUGUGCUGGUCGACAAGAUCCAACUCGAAAAAGGGGCGGACGACACCGAAGCCACCGCUACCGGAGUAACAUAUUGGCAAGACAACAGCCUCCACAACGCCCAAGUCCGCAAAGAAGUCCUCCUCGCCGCCGGCGUCUUCGGCUCGCCCGCUAUCCUCGAACGCUCAGGUAUCGGCUCUCGCACUCUCCUCAGCAAAUACAACAUCCCCAUCAUCCACCCCAACGACCACGUGGGCGAGAACCUGCAAGACCACAUCCGCGUCGGCCUCUCCUUCGAAGGGAUGCCCGAUUAUAACCCCGAGAAGAACCCCUUACAGACGACGAAGCUCGCAAACUAUACAAAACCCACCGCUCCGGCCCCUGGGCAAACAACACCUGCUCCACCUUCGGCCACUUCCCUCUCCUCCCCUUCCUCACUCACCUCGCUUCAAAACCGCAAUCGACCACCAUCUCCCUCCAACCUCCGACCCGAGCAUGAACAACUCCCUCCGCACCACCCUCCUUUCCCCCACCUCCGCCAGCGCAACAGUCUACCUCUCCCGCAAACCCGCUUCCCUCCACCCUCCACCGAAAAAGCACAUCUCAAUCUACACCAUGCUAGCCCACCCCCUCUCCUCCGGCAACGUGCACAUCACCUCCCUUUCCCCUGA